UUCGUGCAAAGCUGGCUGAGGAAGCUGGCUGAGAUGAUGUGACAGCCAGGCAAGCACAAACCGUCCAGCACAUUGAGCAGCCACGCGCGGCCCGCUUCCGAGCGACGGAACCGCAAUUAACAACCCCAGCAUAGCAUAAUCAAGUCUGCAUGCUUUUGGGAGCGACCGGGUCACACGGCAGUGCUUUGUCGGAACGUGUUCAAGCAGCUGGCAAGCAAGCAGGCAACUGUGUGCACUGUCUUCCCCGCGACGCCGCAGACAUGACAGCUGUUGGAGCGCCCGGUUGGGCGACGCACUUCGCCUGCGCCUGCGCUUCCCUUUGCGCGAACACGUUUGUGUUGCCCUGCGCUGGCCAUGGCGUUUCAAUGACCGCAUAUGCCUCCGCCUGAAGCUGAGGCGCCGUGAAGAUGUCAGGCCGUCGAACUCAGCGAUGCCGGUGUUGUGGAAACCCCGGUCACAACGCACGGACGUGCCCCUUGGUGAGAAGGCGGGCAACGCCACGCGAGGCGCCCCGGGAUCCAAGCUGUGGCCAUGGUGACGGCGAGCCCCCUCGCCAGCGUGCACGCACCACUCAUCCUCAGCCACAGCAACGCCAACAACAACCACAACAACCACAACAGCAGCAGCAACUGGGGAAUCGGGCUCCAAGCUGUGGCAAUGGUGACGGCGAGCCCCCUCGCCAGCGUGCACGCACCACUCAUCCUCAGCCACAACAACGCCAACAACAACAACAGCAGCCGCCGUCGCGUGCAGGUCGGACUCGAGAGCGGCGGUGUGGCCGCUGCGGACAAACCGGUCACACGGUCACGACCUGCUCGCUGUCUGCGAACCGCAUGGACGACGUGCAUCUCCUGCCGCCCCUGACACGAGAGUGCCCUUAUUGCGGUGCGCUGCUGUUCGAUGGCCAGCGCCGCGAGGACGGCAGUGAGACCAGCUCCUUCUGCUGUGGCAACGGCCGCGUUCAUCUCGAACCCAUGCCAGCACCACCGGCGCCGCUGCGACAGCUCUGGGAGGACCGUGGCGAGCGUGGUCGCAUCUUCUACGACUACAUCCGCCUCUUCAACAAUGCCCUCGCCCUGGCUUCUGCGCGAGCGUCGUGGGUGAGGGCGGAGCGUGGGUGGAGCCCACACCUCAUCAUACAGGGGAGCCUUCAUCACUGCAUCGGGUCGCUGCUGCCUGCCGAGGGCGAGGAGCCGCAGUUUGCGCAGGUGUACGUGUACGACAACGUCGGCCAGGCAACCGCGCGCCGCCUGCUCGACAUGCGACAGCGGAUCGCGGCUGGGACGAGCGUGCCCGAUUCCAUCUGCGCGAACAUCCUCACCACGCUCCAUGACAUGUUGGUGGACUGCAACCCAUACGUCGACGCCUUUCGUGAUGCCGCCUCGGCCGCGCUCGCGUCUUCGGGCGAUGAUGCUGUGCCGGACCUGCAGUUGGUGCUCAACUCCGAGAACAGGCCCGCCGAUCAGCACGCGCGCCGCUACACGUCGGGCAACUCCGAGGAGGUGGCCUUGCUGUGUCCGGAUGACCAGGUUGCACAGCGGGACCUGGUCGUGUACCCGAGGGACGGCGGCAUUCAGUUCAUCAACGAGACACACCAGGCCUGGGACCCGCUUCACUUUGUGUUGCUGUUUCCCGAUGGCACACCGGGGUGGAGGAUUGGCGUGCCUCUGCGUGUCCCGCCGUCGCUGGGUGGUGAUCAACGCCGCCCGGAUCAGUGUGGUGGUGCUGUCGUCGAUGCAGAGGACGUCAUGGGGCUCGGCGGCGAUGGCUCGGCCGCCCGUCACGUGAGCACUCGGCAGUUCUACGUGUACCACCUGAUGCAGAGGUCGCAGUGCAACUACCUGCUGCGUGCCGGGCGGCUGACGCAGGAGUACAUUUGCUCGGCGUUCUACCGCGUGGAGUACCUGCGGCUCCUGUACGUUCGCCAGCAUCAGGCAGAGCUUCGCUCCGCCAUCUACCAGAACUUGGUGGACCACUCUGGGGAGGAUGACGCAGACGAGCAGCAGCUUGGGCGCCGGGUGGUCGCAUCUCUGGCAGCGGUGUUCGCUGCAAACGGCAUCACCACCGACACCCUUACCUACGAUGGCCCCUGGCACAUCCCCGCAGAUGAUCAGGAGCGCCUUGCGCUGCUCGCGGGCGUGGAUACAUACAACCUCAUCGCUUCCAUUGCCUUGCAGCACGCUCCCAAUGCAUUCCCACGCCUCACUGUUGGCGAGUAACCAACCACAUCGCCCCUGUUCCAGCACGUGUUACACGACGUGCUACAUCUUCUGUCGUCACAGUAUCGUGCAUCUCUGCAACACAUCUCUGUCAUGUCCUGCCAUCCACUGCAUUUGUGCAUCAAAUCCUCUCCAACAUCAUAAACAAUGCCAG